GUCAUUCUACCAACUUUUUCUCUGCUGUCCACUCAAGCAAGUUUGCCCGAGAUGUUUCGGAACGCGAUUCGGUCAAUGUCGACCUCUGCAAGGCAGUCUUUGACUGUUGGUCUUAUACCCGCAGAUGGUAUCGGCCUCGAAGUCAUCCCGGCGGCCAAGGAUGCCAUGGUUGCUGUUCAAUCCGAGCUUCCCAAGCUCAAAUUCAUUGACUUGCUCGCUGGAUGGGAUACCUUCACUCGAACCGGAACUGCUUUACCGCGAGAGACAGUCGACAUUCUCAAAUCUGAGUGUGACUGUGCAUUAUUCGGUUCUGUGAGCUCGCCCUCUCGCAAGGUGGCUGGUUACUCCUCGCCCAUCGUCGCCCUGCGCAAAGAGUUAGACCUCUACGCUAACAUCCGACCCGUUCGAUCUGUGUCUGCUGACCCUUCUGCUUCCGCUGUUACCGACUUGAUCGUCGUCCGAGAGAACACCGAAUGUCUCUACAUCAAAGACGAGAGCAUCACUUCGACCGAGAAUGGAAAGGAGGCCCGGGCCAUCCGUUUGAUCACUGAACGCGCCUCGACUCGUAUCGGAAAGAUUGCGUUCGAACUUGCCAAAGCGCGACCUCGCAAGCUUGUCACCAUCAUCCACAAGUCGAACGUGUUGUCGGUCACAGACGGACUUUUCCGGGAGAGUGUGCGCGCGGUGCCAGCUACCUUCGCUGGCCAGUACGACGAUGUGCAGAUCGAGGAGCAGCUGGUCGACAGUGCCGUUUACAGGUUAUUCCGAGAGCCUCAGAUUUACGAUGUCAUGGUUGCGCCGAACCUUUACGGAGACAUCAUCUCGGACGCUGCCGCUGCUCUCGUUGGCUCACUGGGAGUCAUUCCAUCUAUCAACGCUGGAGACGACUUUGUGAUGGGCGAACCUGUGCACGGCUCGGCACCAGACAUCGCUGGCAAGGGGAUCGCGAACCCAGUCGCCUCGAUUCGCUCCGCCGCACUGAUGCUCCGCCACUUGGGAUAUGCUUCCCCUGCAGACAAAAUUGAUGCCGCUGUGAACGAGACUUUGGCUGCUGGCAACAUCUCCACUGCUGAUCUCGGUGGUAAAUCAUCGACGAGUGAAGUUACCAACCACAUCCUCGGUCUGAUCGCAAAACAGUAUUAGACUGCAGGUUUAUCUAGAAUCUCAUUGAUUAGUAGCCCAGAGGAGAUGAACUAGUUUCUUCUUAUGAUCAGAAAACAGGAUGAAAGUCCUGUUCGAACUCAUAUAGAGAGAAAUAGUCCGAGAAGCGGUGGAGCAAGACUACUGUCGCUGCUGCUGUUACUCGAACACGAGUGCGCGAGCCAAGCGUACGUGACGCCUGGACACGUGACCGUGCAAAUACUUCACUCUCAUCAUGUCGCAGGCAAUAGAUGCACUGAAGGUCGUUGCCUCGUCUGCACUCUAUGCGUUAUUCGAAUCAGGGAAGGUCUCGACCCCGAUCUCAGCUUCACAGCUGCUGCUCCGCGUUAUAUCCAUCAAACCUCCUUCUGGAUUACUUCCCCACACAUCGACACCUCCACGCUUCCGCUUGACGGAUCUGUCUCGCUUCGAGUCGAUCUUGGAGGGUUUCCUGCCAGUUUGGGAGCAUGGGUCGAUCUCACUCUCGCGCGAGAACGGUGUGCUGCUGGUCACUGCCGUGUCACUGGGAGCAAGUAGCGGGGGCAGUUCUGGGCGUGGAGAGAGUCCGAAUCCGCGAAAGAGGAAACGCGUCAUCGACGAAGAAGCUGAUUCUGCUGCUGGAGAUGAGGACGAGCUGGAGGACCACCUUGACUCGUCGCCUCGGUCGGCGUUGGGUAGCUUAAGCAGAGAGCUGAGAGAGGUGUAUUCGUUGAUGCAGAAAGGUACUGCCAAAGGGCGACUACUGGCUGAGCAGUUUCAUUCAACAGAUGAACGAUUCGAGCCUAUUUGCCCCCAUAUCACCAAGGACGAUUGCGCGAGGGCGCGUCAACUACAGUCUGACCCCACGGGCGCCAAUACGAUGACCGACCCGGACGAGCCGCUGACUAUCUGUGGUCGCAUUCACUUUAGGCCGUUGAUUCGUCCGCAUACGGAUCCCUCGCUUGGGCAUUGCUCAUAUUUGAACACCUGCUAUUCCGAACCAACGUAUGCCCAGUCACCGUCCAUUCCGCCUUUUCCUGGGCAAAACCACGCGUUGCCGCCCAACGCAAGAGGGCCCAGCUCUUUGCCUUCGGGGCUUGGUGCCGGUGGGCGUGGAAAGGACAAGGCUCCGUGUCGUUAUCUGCAUUAUGAGGUCGACUGGGAUAGCAGUGACGGAGAUUGGGCUGGCAUGAAGAGUAGGGACAAGGAAGUUAUCAAGGACGAUGCCAGACAUCGAUUGGACAUUGGAUGUGGACCUCUAGGUCGGCCCGCAAAGCUUUUACCUCCACAAUGGAUUAAUUGCGACGUGCGGCGAUUCGACUACUCUGUGUUGGGCAAAUUUCAUGUGAUCAUGGCCGACCCUCCUUGGGACAUUCACAUGAGUCUACCCUAUGGGACCAUGACCGACGAUGAAAUGCGCGCUAUGCCGAUCCCAACUCUUCAAGACGAAGGUCUCUUGUUUCUCUGGGUCACCGGUCGGGCCAUGGAGGUCGGACGAGAAUGCCUCAAGGUGUGGGGGUACACGCGAGUCGACGAGGUGGUCUGGGUCAAGACGAAUCAGCUGCAGCGCGUCAUCCGGACUGGGCGGACCGGCCAUUGGCUCAACCACACCAAGGAGCACAUGCUGGUCGGGGUCAAAACCAGACUCGACCCCCAAACUGGGCAACUUGUCCUUCCGGCGUGGGCAAACCGGGGUGUGGACACGGAUGUCAUUGUGUCCGAGGUGCGGGAGACGAGCCGGAAGCCUGAAGAGGUUUAUGGGUUGAUUGAGCGGAUGUGUCCUGGAGGGCGGAAGAUUGAGAUAUUUGGGCGCAAACAUAACACGCGUCCCGGUUGGGUUACAUUGGGGAAUCAACUUGGCCCUGAUCAAGUUUUCGAGGCAGAUAUGGCUGCGAGAAUUAAAGCUAAAUAUCCAGAUAGGCAACUCCAAUCCCCACAGGAUGCCCAGACUUAGUGUGAUUUCUGUAGCUGUGUAUUAUUCAGAAUGUGAUAUUGCACUUUAUACAGCUUCGAGUCUCGAAUGCAUGAAAUGCUUGAAGUUGGAUGGGACCAACUUACUAGCGAGCCAUCACUCUACCCGAGGCUGUCAAUUGUUGACGCGUUGAUGUGAUCGCAUUGACGCGUUAUUUGCUCCAACCACCAUGGUCAGCGACUCGGAGCACGCAGAUGAUGCUUUAGACGCCGAGGAGGACAUCGACGACUACGAUCAGGAUGCUGAGGAAGACACCGACGUUGCUCCCGACGAUGGAACGGAGGACGGAGACGAUGAUCUCCAAGAUACGGAAGUUGACGAGGACUCUGAAAUGGAGGGUUCUGAAGCUGACGAUGGGGAUGGAGACGAUUCAUCUGUAGCAGGCGAACCUAUGCUGGAAGAUAACGAAGAAGUUGAACCAUCUGCAACUGCUAGUGAUAUCUCCCCUCUACCAGCUCCUCCUCCGUCUGCAGCACCACUUCAGCCACCGCCGCCCCCAAAACAACCUUCACCACCGGCACAAAUAUCCCGGAAACGCUCCCGAUCUCCUUCACCGGCGUACACGCGACGGAAACUUCUCGUUCCGUCUCCAUCACGACCCGGUCCACGUACAUACACCGUGGAAGCCAUAUGUGCUAUGCCGCACCCGGUACCCACGCACGCGCUCGCGUCGUCCACCUGCCUAACGCACCUCAUCACGGGGUCAGACGACGGCUACAUCCGCGACUACGACAUCUUCGCAGCGGUGAACAGCAACAAGACAUUCCUCACGGCACCACAGAGACACCAUGCAGGCGUUGUGGAGGGCAUCAUGAAGGCGGGACAGCUAAGAUUCUGGUGGGAGUGUCAAGCACCGCGGAUGCACCCUCCCCCACAGGAUCUCAACGGUUUGGGAUUCGUCGAGGAGGAGAUACCCUUGCUCCCGAUAUACAGUCUUGCGAUGCAUUCGGACGCGUUGUGGACUUUGGCUGGGACAGAUAUCGGCUUGAUUAAUCUGUUCACAACCCGCCACGAACCGGGGCGGCUGAUACACACUAUGGCUGGUCAUCGAGGACGACCUGUCUCUGCUCUUGCGUUGGAGCACGAUGAAAAGGGAUUCUACAGCGCCGGAUGGGACGGAGAUGCCACGCUGUGGGACUUGAACAAUGGGCAAGUCGUGCGGCAGUUCACAUCGCACGGGGCCCAGCUGACAAGUGUGGCCGUGCGGCCGAUGUACACUGGGCCAGUCGAGUCUGGGCUGUCACAAGCGUCGUCGACUACACUCGUUGACACACAGUCGCAGCCUGCUCGAGAAACAGACGCGAAAUCCGACGCUUCAUUCGAUCCUCUAUUCGACGACGAGCCCGAGCCCGAAAUGGCGCUUCCAACCAAAACGGCGCAGUUCAAAGCACCGCCCGCUCGCGCGACUGCGCCUCCCAAGAACGCGCCGCCGCUGCUCGACACGUCGAUCAGCGGUUCUUUCUCCGCCGACAUCAUCCUGACCUCGUCAAUUGACGGACAAGUGAUGAUCUGGGACAAACGGGCGGCAGGGAGUGUGGGGCGUUUAUGGAUGAGCGAAAAGACACCUCCGUGGUGCGUUUCUGCUUGUUGGUCCGCCGACGGCUCUCAAGUGUACGCUGGUCGGCGGAACGGGACAGUGGAUGUGUGGGACACCCGACAACUCGGCAGGUCGGGUGCUGCCAGCGUCCCCCGACUGGUCAAGACCAUCCGGAACCCCGCCAGCUCUGGAGUGGUUUCGUGCGUGGUGGCGUUUCCGGAUGGGAAGCACAUCGCCACCGCAUCAAUUGACAAUCUGAGAUUGUGGAACGUUGCGGAGGCUGGUGAACCUGUCGAGGGCAAAACUAGAGGUGGUGUCCAGUUCAAGAUCAUUCCGGGGCAUCAUGGUGGCUACAUCUCUCAAAUGCUGGUAGAUCCGGCGGCCCGUUUCCU